CCCGUCCUGGCGCGGCGCUGCCCCUGCGGGGGGCGGAGGCAGGUUUUCAGGAUGAAUCUGGAAAAACUCAGCAAACCAGAGCUACUGACGCUGUUUAGCAUUCUCGAGGGAGAAUUAGAAGCAAGAGAUCUUGUCAUAGAGGCUUUAAAGGCCCAGCACAGGGACACAUUCAUCGAGGAACGCUAUGGGAAAUACAACAUCAGUGAUCCACUGAUGGCUCUGCAGAGAGACUUUGAGACACUGAAAGAGGGGAACCAUGGUGAAAAGCAGCCAGUAUGCUCCAAUCCUUUGUCUAUUUUGAAAGUGGUGAUGAAACACUGCAAGAAUAUGCAGGAGAGAAUGUUAUCCCAACUGGCUGCUGCAGAAAGCAGGCACAGAAAGGUGAUCCUGGACCUGGAGGAGGAGCGGCAGCGGCACGCGCAGGACACGGCCGAGGGGGACGAUGUCACCUACAUGCUGGAGAAGGAGCGGGAGCGGCUCACCCAGCAGGUGGAGUUUGAAAAGUCCCAAGUGAAGAAGUUUGAGAAGGAGCAGAAGAAGCUGUCGAGCCAGUUGGAGGAGGAAAGGGCACGCCACAAGCAACUCUCUUCCAUGCUUGUUGUGGAGUGCAAGAAAGCCACUGCCAAAGCAGCUGAAGAGGGCCAGAAGACAGCAGAGCUGAGCUUGAAAUUGGAAAAGGAGAAGAGUAAGGUGAGUAAACUGGAAGAGGAGCUGGCAGCCAAGAGGAAGCGGGGCUUGCAGAUGGAAGCACAAGUAGAAAAGCAGCUCUCAGAGUUUGACAUUGAAAGAGAGCAGCUGAAGGCUAAGCUGAACAGAGAAGAAAACCGUACGAAAGCACUCAAAGAAGAGGUGGAAUGUCUGAAGAAAGCCCUGAAGGAGCUGGAGGCUUCCUGCCAGGAGCACAGUCCCCCCAAGGCCGUGCAUCCCAGCCCCUCGGUGACGUCCAGGGGGGUCACAACCGACAGCCCCCCAGUGAAGUCAGUGUCCUGCCAGACCGAGGGCCCGCAGGCAGAGCGAGCAGCCCCUGCCAGCGCCAGCAGAGCUGCCCACGCCGUGUGUGCCAGCCCCUGUGCCCCCGCUCACUCCUAUGCAAAGUCCAACGGGCAUUGUGACACGGACGGGCAGGCGGCUGGGGACACGAAUGCUGCAGAGAGCCCAGCUCACAGGGAGAAGCCUGCCGCAGCCCCCGAGGGUGCCGUGGAGAACGGGAGCUCCCCUGCGAGAACAGAGUCCCCGGUGCACCAGCUGCCCUCCGCGGCGGCGUCCCUGUCCCCCAGCAGCACAGCUGCCUCCUCCCUCACCCCGUCUCCCUGCUCCUCCCCGGUGCUGGCCAAGCGCCUGGUGGGAGCCUCUGCCGGCAGCCCUGGCUACCAGUCCUCCUACCAGGUGGGCAUCAACCAGCGCUUCCACGCGGCCAGGCACAAGUUCCAGUCCCAGGCCGAGCAGGAGCAGCAGCCAGGGGGCCUGCAGAGCCCCCCGUCCCGGGACCUGUCCCCCACCCUGGCCGACAACUCGGCUGCCAAGCAGCUGGCGCGCAACACGGUGACGCAGGUGCUGUCCCGGUUCACCAGCCAGCAGGGCCCCAUCAAGCCCGUGUCCCCCAACAGCUCGCCCUUCGGCACGGACUACCGCAGCCUGGCCGGCGCCGGCAGCCCCAGGGCCGAGGCCGGGCACUGCCCCAGCCCCGCCAAGGUCUCCAGCCCGCUCAGCCCCUUGUCUCCGGGGAUCAAGUCCCCCACCAUUCCCCGGGCAGAGAGGGGGAACCCCCCGCCCAUCCCUCCCAAGAAGCCCGGCCUGGCUCAGUCGCCCGCCGCUGCUGCUGCUCCCCUCGGCAAGGGCUCCUCCCUGGGCGCCCCCGGGGACGUGGCCAGCAGCUGCUCCAGCAGCACCGUCCUGUCAAAUGGCAAGGACCUGGAGAUCCUCCUGCCAAGCAGCAGCUAGUCUCCAGAAAACGGGAAUGUGACAUUCCACAGCUUAGCUUACCCUGCAGCUAAGACACUGUUUUUCCACUCCAUGUUAUUUAUUUCCAUAGUAGCAGAUUCUGUCUGUAUAAAGCAUUUAGUAUAUUUUUUUUUCCUUUUUUAAUAGGUAGGAAAAUAUUUUUGUUUAUGAAGAAACCUUAACUACAGCUAUACAGUAGCCUCCAAAUGUCUCAUGGCAGCAGUCAGAUCAUUAGAGAUAACAACCAUAAUCAUGUGGUGGGACCUAUCAAGCUCUAAUGGGACUGAAAUGCUACUUUUAAAUUAUGCAGAAAUAAUUUUUGCAGACUUUUUAUUCCAGAUGAACAUUUUAUAAAAGUGCCUGAACUAAGCCUGCAAUAUGAAUGUGAUUCUCGGGAAAAGGUGAGGAGGGGAACAUCUAGCUGCAGAAACAAAUUCUUCUGAGUCCUGAAUGUUGAAACCAACACUGGUUUUCCUUUUAAUUCUUUCCAUUUGCUAAGGUAAGUUAGCAAAUGUGCUACAGAUUCUGCCAGGUGAGCACCAAUCUGGUGCAGCCAGCCAGGCUGUGUCCUUCAGGACACAGCUCCAGCUAUUUGAGGAAGCACACAGGAAUUUCUUGGGAUAAAAUUUAGUUGUGAUAUCAUCCAGAUUACUUCUCUGUCCAUAUAGCUCUUUCUGCUUUCCUGCCAAGAUGCCUGUGUGCCUACAUGGCUCAACUCUGGUUUCUGGUGUAUCACCUGGAAUUUUCAAGCUCUUCAAGCAUUCUACUGUUGUGUGUAGAACUUCUGAGAAAAGGAUCUUUCUGUUCCUUGGCAAAGAUCUCACUAUUACUUGAAAAAGUAACUCAUCCAUCCAGUACAGGUUUUUUGCAACACCUGUAAAUGGGAUCUUCAACUUCAAACAGAAGCAAUAAUUUUGUUCCCCAUCUGUGUCAGUUAAGUCUGACUGACCUGGAUUUUACCCACUAGCUCUGGCUAGCUUUCCUUGGCUGCAAAUAUGGAACCAAAUCAUUGCUGCUGUGGAAUUAAAUAUGUGGAUAUGUGUGUCACACACAUACAUGCUAAACACACAGUGUGUUAGGAAAGUAUUUAUCUCUUCUUGACCUUCUGCCUUAUAUGAAGAAGACAUGGCAAUUCACUGAGAUUUUAAAAAAUUCCUCAGUGAGGAAUUGCCUAAGUUUGAGGCAGAUCUUGUGUGUGGAGAAGUAUUUGGACCCAGGAGAAGCAGGUGGUUCCUGUGCAGAAGUGUUUGCUGCAAGAGAACCAGCAGGCCCAGCACAGUGGUUUUCUGAGUCAUUGUGCUGAGAAGCCCAGGACAAACAGCACAGAUCAGUGGCACAGGCUGAGAGCACACCCCCGAGUUAAUGAUCUCGGUGUCGGACGUGAGCUGAUCCUAAAUUUAGGAACUGGACUGGCUGCUCGGUGCCAUCCAGCGUGGAGCCCUUCCCUGGGCAGCAGCGUGGUGUUUGCACAGCUCCCGGUGCCAGAGACACGUUAUCCUUGGGGAAUUCUCACUGUUCCAUUGGGCAGGGUCCCUCUGUGUGGGGAGGAUCCCUGUGCCACUGAGGGGCAGAGCUGCCCAUUGCAGUGAGGUUCCUUUGGACUCUGGGCCUUUUGUGCUGUGCCAUUGAGGGGCAGAGCUGCCCAUUGCAGUGAGGUUCCUCUGGGCUCUGGGCCUUGGAGCUGUGCCAUGGAGGGGCAGAGAUGUCUGUGCUCAGAGGUUCCCAUGCAGUGAGGUUCCUUUGGGCUCUGGGCCUUUUGUGCUGUGCCAUGGAGGGGCAGAGCUGCCCAUUGCAGUGAGGUUCCUCUGGGCUCUGGGCCUUGGAGCUGUGCCAUGGAGGGGCAGAGAUGUCUGUGCUCAGAGGUUCCCAUGCAGUGAGGUUCCUUUGGGCUCUGGGCCUUUUGUGCUGUGCCAUGGAGGGGCAGAGAUGCCCAUUGCAGUGAGGUUCCUCUGGGCUCUGAGCCUUGGAGCUGUGCCAUUGAGGGGCAGAGCUGCCCCUGCUGAGAGGUUCCCAUGCAAGGAGGUUCCUCUGGGCUCUGGGCCUUGGAGCUGUGCCGUGGAGGGGCAGAGAUGCCCAUUGCAGUGAGGUUCCUCUGGGCUCUGGGCCUUGGAGCUGUGCCAUUGAGGGGCAGAGAUGCCCAUUGCAGUGAGGUUCCUCUGGGCUCUGAGCCUCUCUCUGCAGGACAGGGGGGCUCAGUGCUGCUCGGGGGUGGCUGCUGCUGGAGUGACCCCACGCAGCCAGGGCAGGGCUUUAGAGGCUUGCACAGACCUUUUGGGCAGUGGUAUUACGGGCUGUUGUUCCUAAUCCCAUGGAACAGUCUGUGCAUUAACAGCGGGGACACAGAGGCAGCCAGAGCUGAAUGGGCAGGGGCUCUUUUGGAAGCACGUUUAUUACUUUAUUAACUAAGUGUCCACAGCGGAUUUUUUAGCUCUUGCUGAGAGUGAAAGUAAAAAAGGAUGGGCAGGUGGAUUUUGGUCCAUGUAUCCCUUCUGAUUGAAAAGUGAGGCUUUUGUAUACACUGCUUUAAUGAGUUUCUUUACUUUUACAUUAUUCUGACUGGUAUUAUCCCCCUUCUUUAUUGAUAGCUCUAGAGAGAGAAAUACUAUGAUGAAGUCUAAUAGGAAAUGCACUGAGUACUGUUUCUUCUAAAAUAUAAUAUGGGAAGGGGUAUGCAAAAGAAUGUAUUUUUGCUAGUAGACUAACUUCUGAAAGAAACUAAGCACAAGGGAUUGAAAUGGAUCCAACUAAUUCAGUAAGACAUUUAGAGUUAGUAUUUAACUGUUAAUGUAGAUUCUGUGUGAAAGCAACUAAAUAUUUCUUCUCUAACUCACAUGUGUCCUAAGCAGACAUUGUUGCAGAGUUUGUCACUGGCUAAUGGAGUAUAAUGAAGUGCAAAACAUAUAACACUAGUAUUAAUUCAUUAACACUUGUAAAUUUGUAAAGCCAAAUGUACCAAGCUGAAGUCUUUAAUCAUUUUUAUAGCUGAUGGCAUUAAACAUGUUAAACAUUCAUAUUAUCAAUAAAGGAUUUUAUUUUUAA